AUGUAUCUCGAUGUACAUAAAGAAGCAAAAAGUAGUGUCUUAGACGGUUGUCACAACAAAAAAGAAGAAGAUCCUUUCCGGGUGUCACAGAAGAGCGGUGUCCUCGCCAAAUUGAAAUGUACACCGGCCGUACAUCCUCUAGAUCGGCGCGAAUCUCUCGAAGACUGGAGUCCGUCCGAGAGCUCCCAGUUAGGAGAGGCUGGAGUGAACGAGGCAAGCUUGACGCGAUCGCCUUUCUCUCUUGAUAGCUAUAUUCAACAACUGCAUCUCCGCACGCCGGUAGCCACCUGUAAAAGUAGUCAGACCAGUUCGAAAGACGACAAGAUGGACGUCGACGGAAUCGUCCCUCAGAUCGCGAUGGGAUCAAACUGGCCCAAUACCGAUAUUAGCAAUUUCGACGGAACCGACAGCGGGAGCGAGGACCAGCCUUUGGAUUUGAGCUUGAACCGAUCAUCCCCCGAUAGCAGUGGACAUUCUACAACUAGCGGGGGCUCGAUUUCGAUUAAGAGAAAAUCUUCGGAUAGCGUUACGUCGACUACGUCGGGGGUGUCUUCGCCGCUAAGGACGACCACGCCUCCUGCCACCCCCGUGCCGACAGUUCCUGUUCAAAGUCAGCUGCAUGCGUUGCCCACCCUCUUGACCGGUGUUCCCCAGAAGCGAACCUACACGGAAGAGGAACUCCAGGCCGCUCUACGGGACAUCCAGGCCGGGAAGUUGGGCACGCGGAGAGCAGCGGUAAUCUACGGGAUUCCGAGAUCCACUUUGAGGAACAAGGUAUACAAACUGGCCAACGAUAAACGCAAGAUCGAGCAGGCCGAAAGUCGACUCAGAGCUUCACAGAACGACUUCGAUCCUACGCCAGAGGCCGUCAAAACCAACAACGGUGCUGCAUCUGAGAGUCUUCGACAGCUCCUGAAGUCGACGAUCGCGCAGAAGGGGACGUUACCGUCGCCCGCACCCAGCUCGAGCGGCGAAUCUUGUUCGCCCCCUCUGGGUCUCGGAUCACUGCUCGGAGUCGCUCCCCCGGUGCCCGCGCAAGAUACCGUGCAGAUGCUUCAGCAUUUUCUGACUUCGAUUCAACACAUGGCCAUGAGUGGGAUGUUGCCGUCGGAGAACAUGAUGCCCGAGCUCUUCAAGCAGUUUCCCGGUCACGAGCGAGUUCUGGAGGAUCCAGCGAAUCUGUCCGCGAAAAACUCAAACUUGAUGGCGAUUGGAGGCGUCUUAGGUGGCCUCCGAGGUCUGGGAGUCGGGCUCGGUCUCGGAAUGGAGGGUUUAGAAAGUAAACUCCACAGUAGCGUUCAGCCAGGAGUUGGUGAGCAGCUCAAUUCGAAGAAUGUUGUCAAAUCCGACAAGCACCUGGACGCAGUGAACAACCAGAAGAAAGCACCGCAGAUGUCCGCCGAUGGUAAGGUUGUGCGACCUAAGCGGGGCCGCUACCGGAAUUACAACCGCGAUAAUUUGCUGCAGGCUGUUCACGCUGUUCAACGUGGAGAGAUGAGCGUUCAUCGCGCAGGAACUUUUUACGGAGUGCCGCACUCCACUCUUGAGUAUAAAGUCAAAGAACGACAUCUUCUCCGUCCCAAGAAGCGAGCUCAGAAACCUCAGACGUCGUCCGUACCGACUUCACCGAGUCCCGUUCCGCCUUCAUUGACAGUCUCAACUAUGGACGCUCGACCCUAUCCGUGGGCUCCGGCAAUCGCUGUGUCGCCUCUGGGAACAGCUCUGGGAGACAAUAGAGUCCCGUCGGGACCUUUCUUCACUCCGCAUGUGAUAAAAGACAUAACUGACAAAGAUGACGACUCGGACUGUUGCGCCGAGAGAAAGAGCCCGCUCGGCACCGACGAAGACAACGGGAAGCAUGGUGUCAGCGUUCUGGAACAGCUGAUCAAGUGUGGCAUGCGAGAGAAAUCCGAAGAAUUAGGAAACGACGAUUCGGACGCCGGCUCAUCACCCGCUCUGAAAAUCGCAGAAGUUCCCGAGGAGAUGGUAGUGGAAUGA